AGGAAGCAAUCAAGCAAACACCAGAAAAAAAAAAUGAGGCUACAAUCUUAUGUUUUGACCUUCUUUUUUGUAGCUAGUUUGAGCAUUGGCAGUGCAGUAUUAGGCACAACUAUUACAGCAACACAAUUCGUAACUGACCCUGAAACUAUAGUUUCCUCAAAAGAUGGAAUUUUCAGAUUAGGCUUCUUUAGUCUUGGCGAUUCUCGUAAUCGCUAUGUUGGAGUUUGGUACAAUAAUAUUCCAGGGCCAACCAUAGUAUGGGUUGCAAAUAGAGAUCACCCAUUAAAUGAUUCUUCUGGAGUUUUGAGGAUCGCCAGUGACGGAAAUAUUGUGGUUCUUGAUGGGCAAGGGAAGCUAUGCUGGACCUCAAAUGUUACUACUGUUCUUGUCUCUCAUCAGUUAGUUGCCGAGCUGCUGGAUACCGGGAAUCUCGUUCUACGAGAAUCAUCGCCAAAUUAUAACCACAAUGAAGGAAGGUAUAUUUGGCAGAGUUUUGAUCACCCUACCAAUACGUUGUUGCCGAAGAUGCAAUUUGGUGUGAAUCUUAGAACAGGUAAGAAACAAACUAUUACUUCAUGGAAGAAUAAUUCUGAUCCUUCCACAGGAGACUUUACGUUAGAGUUAGACCCGUACGUCAUACCGCAACUCAUUUUAAAGUACGGUGCUCAGAAGAAAUGGCGAAGUGGCCCGUGGGUGGAGGAGUUUAUAGGCAUGGAUCAUCCUGAUUCAGACUUCAAACUAGAGAAAGAUUACUCGAAAGGUACUGUUUUCUUAUCGAUACUGUACGAGGACAAAUCUGCUUUGUCGAGGAUAGUUUUAGAAUCUGAUGGGAAACUAACAGGAAAACAAUGGCACGAGGAGAAGAAACAAUGGCUUAUCAGCUGGUCCUCUGACAUUUAUAACAAAUGCGGGCCAUUCGGAAUAUAUAAGCAAUACUCAAAAACCUGUAGUUGCAUGAGAGGGUUCGAACCCAAAUUUACAAAUGAAUGGAAAGAUGGGAACUGGUCAGGUGGAUGCUCGAGGAGAAAAGCUUUGCAGUGUGAGAUGUUCAGCAGUGAAAGAAGUAAGGUAAAAGAAGCAGAUGGGUUUUUGGAAGUGGAUAUGUGGAAUGUGCCAGAUUAUUAUCAUUUGUCGCAAGGCAUAAGCUACGUGCAGUGUCAUGAUAAAUGUUUGCACGACUGUUCAUGCAUUGCGUACUCGUAUAGCAAUUACGAUCCGAAUUUUGGAUGUAUGUGGUGGACAAGAGAUUUGAUUGACGCACGUGAAACCUCUGAGCAGUUGGGUUUCAAUCUUCACAUUCGUGUUGCCAAUUCUGAACUUGAUAAGGAAUGGGACGUGAAGAUAAUUCUCAGAACUUCAGUUGUUAUAGGAAUAGUUUUAACCAGUGUCAGCUCAUAUUUUUGUUGGAUUUUCACGAGAAAACAAGUUCGUUCUUGUUUGAGAUGGAUUGGUGAUCAAAGUGGUUUCAUAUAUUUAUAUUUCCUCUAUUUGAUAGGAAAAAUGAAGAGAGGCAUGCGAAAGAGCGUAGAAUGGGAAAGAAAGAGGAGAUACAGAACAAGGAAGAAGAAACGCAUUGAAAGAUCAUUUGUCCAUUCAGAUGAGGAUUAUAGUUAUGGAAGAGAACAUUCAGAUUCAGAAAUGCUAAUUGAAGAAAACACGGAGGUCAGAGUAAUCGAUUUUAAAACACUAGCUGUUGCAACAAACAAUUUUAGUGAGGCCAAUAAGCUUGGGCAGGGUGGUUUUGGUUCAGUGUAUAAGGGAAUGUUGCGUGAUGGACAGGAGGAACAAGAGAUAGCUGUUAAAAGACUUUCUAUGAACUCUGAACAAGGCUCGCAAGAAUUUAAAAACGAAGUCUCGGUGAUCUCCAAACUACAGCAUAGAAACCUUGUCAGACUUCUUGGCUGCUGUACUUAUGGAGAAGAGAAGAUGUUGAUUUAUGAAUACAUGCCCAACAAAAGCCUGGAUGCAUUUCUCUUCGAUCCUAAAAUGCGUGGGUUGUUUGAUUGGAAAAGGCGGUUCGAAAUAAUCCUAGGGAUAGGUAGAGGGAUUCUUUAUCUUCAUAGAGAUUCUAGACUAAGAGUCAUACAUAGAGAUCUGAAAGCUAGCAACAUUUUGUUGGACGAAGAAUUGAACCCUAAAAUUUCAGACUUUGGCAUGGCACGGAUAUUCGGAAGCAGUGAACUACUCCAAGCAAAUACAAGAAAGGUUGCCGGAACGUUUGGAUACAUGUCUCCUGAGUACGUAAUAGAGGGAAGGCUUUCGGAAAAGUCCGAUGUUUUCAGUUUUGGAGUGUUGCUACUAGAGAUUGUGAGCGGAAAGAAAAACUCUAGCCUCUGCAAUCAGGAACUAUCAUUGAGGCUUUUAGCACAUGCAUGGCAGCUGUGGAACGAGAACAAUGCACUUGCCUUGGUUGAUCCAACAUUGGUGUUGUCAGAAACAUCUUUUGAGGUUGAAAUAUUGAGAUGCAUUCAUGUGGGUUUGUUGUGUGUAGAGGAAUUUGCAGUAGAUAGGCCAACUAUGGCCACAACACUUUCUAUGCUUACUAGCGAAAUUGCAACUCUCCCUGCUCCAAAGAACCCUGCAUUUACGGAAAGACGUUUUUCGUCAGAUUCAAGUUCUUCCCGGAAGAUAUCUAAUAACGAUAUUUCCAUCACAAUCCUUGGAGGACGCUGAAGUUAUUUCCUUGCGAUUAUUUGUUGUUGUAAUUAGUACCAUGAAUUCUGUAGCUUUUAUCUCAGAAUGACAAGGAUAGUGUUGCUUAUAGUUGUAGGGCAUGCCGCAUGUCCGUGUCCCCAUGUAGGGGAAUGAUUUUUUUUCAUCAGAAAAAUUUCACUGAAUUCCAAGUCAAGGUCACGAGUACAGAA